UGAGAGAAAACUACGUACGCACUUCUCACACCUUCUCUUCCACCAUGUUAUACCAGUACGUGACCGCCGUUAUCCUACUCCUGUCAUCCUGUUGGACGCCCUCCGCCCUAGCUGCUGCCUACGACGCGCCUCCCGAUCCUGAUGUGGGGCACUUCGCAGUCACAGACAGCAGCGGGAAGAGAUGUCUCCUUCUCGACCUCGCCGCUACGUUUCGUGUCAACUACGAGAAGAACGACGGCACCACGGGAGUCGUGUCCUACGCUCUUCCCAUAGACAGCGUCGCCACAGGUACGUGUGCGUCCACGCUCGGCUCGAAGGCGGACAUUUCACUGGGUUUCUUCACGGGGUAUCAACAGUUUGGUCUGAAGAUGGGGUUUGAGCGAAGUGGCGUUUUGCGUCCCAAGUCCUUUCUCUCUUCGAUACAAAUUUAUUACACCCUGGAUCCAUCGAUAUUUCCUGACGCCAAGUACGUGAACGAGACCAAUCCACUUAGCCUGACCGAUCUGCACGAAUUUGAGACCAGCACUUCUAAAUCCUAUCUCUGUGAGUCGAACGCGACCUUUACUCUCGGGUUCCCCGGUGUUACCCAACUCGUAGACUUCACAGUCGACUAUAUCAAAGUGCAGCCGUUUGACGUUCACAAGCAGGAGUUCUCUGCAUCGGAGGAGUGUCCUGAGGACCACGCGCUGUCCACACUGCCGGCAGAGUCCACCACCGCCCCGCCAGUCACCACCCCGACACCUGGUAUACCUGUAGGACACUUCAGCCUCAAGAACGACCAGGGAGAAGUCUGUCUGUUGGCAAGCUGGGGGGUUCGGUUUCACGUUGAGUACGAGACGCUGCCCAACGGCACGGCGACCGCGCAGUAUGUCCUCCCGACAGACGCCAAUGCCGUGGGUGCGUGCGAGGACCACUAUGCAACGAUUUCGCUCCGUUUUAAGAACGAUUUCGACAUCACCGCCAUUUUCCAAUCAGACGGGAAGAACUUCAGCAUCGACAACCUUGCGGUGACCUACAAGGAAAGUCUUCCCCAUUUCCCUUCUUCGAAGCAUCCCAAUAAGACAACCACGGUAACGGCAAAGAACUUGGACCUAUUCCUGGUCGACGUCGGCAAGUCUUACUUGUGUAAAGCCAGGCAGUCUCUUGAGGUGGGCGGCGCGAACGUCACGCUGGAAAUCAUCGACUGGCAGGUCCAGCCGUUCGCCGUGAAGAACGGGACGUUCGGCGACGCGACGGAGUGUUCCCAGGACGGCGGCACGACCACCAUGUUCCCGAUCUCUAACGCCACCACGAUCCUACCGACCACUACGGUGCCGCCCCCCACCAACCACACCCACACCGUAGGUCCGGUCACCAACGUGACUACCCCCGGUCCCACCAACCAUACCCACACACCCAAACCCAAACCUCCCGCCACCACCCCUAUGCCUACGCCUGGACCUGCAGGCGAGCCCAAACAAGGCCACUACAAGCUGAAGAACUCCAAGAACGACGUGUGCCUGCUGGCAGACAUGGGCCUACAGUUCACGGCAAGCUACACCAAGAAGAACAAGCACACGGGGAAGGGUGUCUUCAACGUGCCCGUCAAGGCCAGCGCUUCCGGGAACUGUGGCCCCGAGAAGUCCAGCCUGAUCUUGACCUUCUACGGGGGAAACUUCAACGUCACCUUCGAUUUCCAGAAGUCGGCGAAGGGUGGCGGGAAGGCCAAAUAUCACGUCUCCUCGAUAUCCCUGGCGUACACAGAGAUGCCGGCAGUCUUCCCCGGGUCAAUGACCCCGAACAAGGCUCACACCGUGUCCAACAACGGACUGGCCGUGUUCCCGGCAGAUCAGGACAGGUCCUACAAGUGUGACGCGGACGUGCACGUCGCCAUAAGCAAAGACGUGGACAUGCUGGUGCGCCAGGUUCACGUUCAGCCGUUCGACGUGCAGAAGGGACAGUUCUCCUCGGCGGAGGAGUGUUCUCAGGACUCGAAGGGCGGGAAAUCGUACGGCCUGGAGAUCGGGCUAGGCGUCGGCGUCGCCGUGGUGUUGGUGGCGCUCGGAGUGUUCUGGUACGUCCGCAGAAGAAACGCCAAGAAGUACCGUAAGAUGGAGAGCGUUCUCGGUCCAGAGUAGACCUCCCUGGGCCCGGCUCAGUCGCUAUACAC